GCCCUCUACGUUCGUUGAUGCGGAAUCAAUCUUGAGUGAAUUCACCCGGCAGGAGAUAUUUUCAAAGAGGAGACAUAUUCUUCAAAAAUGGCAGGCAGUGUGGAAAUCCCAAGGAAUUUCAGGCUGCUGGAGGAGCUAGAGGCGGGGCAGAAAGGAGGAGGGGGCGUGGUCAGCUGGGGAAUAGAAAAUGAUGAAGAUAUGAUGAUGAGACAAUGGAAUGGAAUGAUUAUUGGACCAGUGAGGACACCAUAUGAAGGCAAGAUGUAUUCGCUGUCGAUUCACUGCGGAGACAAGUACCCCGAUCAACCACCGACGAUUAGAUUCGUAACGAAGAUUAACAUGAGCUGUGUAUCAUCUGAAGGAUCCGUUAGUUCUAGGAAUUUUGACAUGCUGAAACACUGGCAGAGGAAUUACACCCUCAAGGACUUACUCACGAAGCUCCGAGAGAAAAUGAGCGCAAAGGAAAAUUCAAAAACCCAACAGCCGAGCGAAGGAUCAAUGUUUUAACGGCCAACCCAACCAGUUUAGUUUUUAUGACAAAAAUAAUGGUGAUGAUGAUGCAGGAAGAUCCAGUCAGCUGCCGAAGUCUCCUGCAAAUUAGGGGCCCGUAACACAAAGCUUAGCAUUCAUCGUAGAAGAAUAUCUUUACAAUUGAUUGCAUUGACUACAUGUACAAUUAAUCAAGAAAAUCAACCGUACGAUUGAUCGCUAACCUUUGUGUUGGGGGUCCCUGGGAAGCAUUUCAUGAAACAAAUUUUCACUGACUAAUUAGCCAAUCAGAUGCAAGGAAUUACGGUAGCUUAUAACAUCUUUUGAUGAAAAUCAUUGAUGAAGCUCAUCAUGAAACCGGGGACCUUCAUGAAACAGCAUUCAGUGAGUGAUUUUCAUUGACUAAUGUGCUUUCCGCCAAUCAUAUGCAAGGAUUUACAGUAGCUUAUAAACAUCUUUCGGUGAAAAUCAUUGAUAAAACUCAUCAUGAAACCGGGGAACCUUUUAUGAAACGGCAUUCAGUGAUUUUCAUUGACUAAUGUGCUUUCCGCCAAUCAUAUAAAGUUUGUGCAGAAGUUUGUAACAUCUGUCGGUGGAAACCAUUGACCAACUUGUCAUGAAACCGGGGCCCCGUCUUACAAACAGUUACGAUUGAUCUAGUUAACCUCAAAACAUGUAUAUGGAAAUCCAUUAAUGUCAUAAUUUCUUCUUUAGGAAAUUUGCACAAUGUCCUUUGAAAACAGAGAGAAGCAAACUUAAUUGACAAGAAAACAGUGAAUGUAUGAAUAUACAUCAUAUCUAGAAACUAUUUUGAUGAAACAUGCAUUUUAGAUGUUGACGUUGCUGGCUUUCCGUAGUUGAGAUUGAUUGGAUCAAUCGUAAGUCUUUGUAAGACGGGGCCCGGGUUAACCUUUCGUGAAACAAAUUUAAGGUGAUUUUUCACCGCCAGCUAUUUAGAAGCUACCAGGGGCCGGUUGCAGGAAGUGGCGUUCGAUCGCAACACUGUUAUUAAGACAUACAUCAAUAUGCUAUUAAAUGUAUCUGCUGAUUAUUUCCUCGGGCAUUGAAUGUUACAGGAGAAACCCCUAAAUUACAUUCCUGAUUAUUGUUUAUUACAUAGCAAAUGUGAGAUUACAAACCCGUUGCCAGUUUGCCAAUUUGAGAUAAUAUAGUCUUUAUAGUGAUCUCGGUUUUCAAACUGCCUUGAUAUUUCUUGUUCCUUGCCCAAUUCCUUUAAAAAAAUUUCGCCAUUCUGUUUUUUUUGUUGUAUGCUUCAUGCAAACAUUUUUAUUAUCAAGAUUAGGUCCCGCUUUUAUUGUUUGGAGAAUGAGGUGAUAUCUGUAGCCUCAUCUUCAGACUCAAAGCAUUUUGUUUGUAGUCAAGUAGUGCAAUUUGAAUACUAUCAUACUCUGUGCUUUUAAAAACAUUAGAAUAGUUUAUGCUUAAUAUGCAUUCAUGCAGAAAAGAAUGUUAAGAUACUGUGUUUCGUUCAGCGCUAUAUAAGCAAGUAUAAUCCAUACUAUUAUAAUUUCAUUUUACACUGAAGAUCUGGGCCCCAUCUUACAAAGAGUUGCGAUUGAUCCAAUCAGUCUCAACUGUAUGGAAAUCCAUCAAUGUCAUAGUUUAUUCGACAGGAAAUUUACUCAAUGUUCUUUGUAGACAAAGAGAAGCACACUGAAUCUUCAAGAAAACGAUGAAUGUAUGAAUAUAAUACAUCAUAUUUAGAAAAUAGUUUGAACAAACGGACAGUUUAGAUGUUGACUUUGCUGGCUUUCCAUAGUUGUGGUUGAUCGGAUCAAUUGUGACUCUUUGUGAGACGGGGCACUGCUCUGAUGAGCAGAAAAUAUUUUGAUGUAUACAUAGAUGUAUAAACAUACAUAAAAAUCAGCCUCGUUGACCCUCACUGCUGCAUUACUGCAUGCGUUGUUAUAUAACAAGAUAAAUCUGUUAUAGUCCAUGAUCUCAACUUUUCAUGAAAAAUUCAAUAUCAUCUUUAUAUGCCAUGUUUGAUAUUUUUUGUAAUGUAUUAAUUCUAAUCAAGAUAAUCUAGUUAUCUUUAAUCCUUUUUCAUUGUAUUUUAUAAGCUAUGACCAUGUAUAGAAAAUAGAUAAUGUACAUGAAAAUCAGUUUAGCAGAGAUAAAUCAUGUAUAAUGUAGCCUGUCAUAGACAGAUGAGGGUUUUUUGUGUAAUUUUAGUAUGUUAAAGGGUAAUUCCUCUGUGAAGUCAAGUUGGAUUUAACGGAAGUACAAAACGAGAGAAACCUUAUUACAUGUAUGAAGAAUAUUUGAAACCCUGGGUGGUAUUUCAUGAAGCUGUUCGUAAAGUUACGCACAAACUUUACGAACGACUGGAACAUGUUCUUAUACGUAAGUCAGCUACAUAGGGAUGUAUCAUAUAGCACAAGAAAGGGUUACCAGUUGUUCUUAACUAACGAUCAGCUUUAUGAAACGGCCCCCAGGGCUGGUAUUCAAUUGAUACUUAAGCCAGAAUUUUAAGUACUUUACUCAGUAUUUUGCUUAAGUAAAGUGAAGAAUAUUAGAACCCUGGGCUGGUAUUCAAUCGAUACUUACGCCAUAAUUUUAAGUACUUUACUCAGUAUUUUGCUUAAGUAAAGUACUUGACCAUCUUUGUUUUUCUAUCACAUUUUUUGGCUGUAAAGUAUUUAGCUUAAAUCUAAGUCAGUGGCCAACCUGGCUUACAUGUAUUUACAAACGUGAUGUGCGCAGUCACAUAUUUUGUGCACAGUUAGGUACAUACAUUGUGCAUUAUUUUGGCAUAAACUUAAUGAGGUCACAAUGGUUACGAGUAUAAGUGUUUUGCUUAAAUUUGGCUUGAUAAAGUAAAAUACUUUAUGUGAUCUGAAAACCAGUUUAAGCAUUUUGCUUGGCCAAGUAAAAUACUAAGUAAAAUACUUAAAUUGAAUACCAGCCCUCUUUUGGGGACAUACAUGUUUUCUUUUGUGACAUGUCACAUGUGAGCAGCUUCCCCAAAUGUAAUAAAAAUUCUAUAAAUUGCUUUUUUUUUUUAAUGAUGACUGAAUGUAUUUUUUCCAUAUAAGCAUGUAAAAAGUAAUGUAUCUAUUUGGUGAUAUAUUAAAUGUAAACAUAUUAUAAAAUGAUUUCAACUUUAAAAAAGGGCAAUUUAUGGAAUUUACUUGUUUGACAUGUGGGGAACUGCUAUGAAUAACUAAAAAAAGUUGUUCUUUCGUGGACUUUACACUUAAUUUUAAUUUUGAAGUUUCUCUCAUUUCUCUGUUGUUAAAGCCAACUUGAUAUGUGAGGUUUAUUCCGGCAUUGAUAGAACUUCCUGGCACAAGCUGUCAUUGUUAGCAUGUACAUACAUACCUUUGUUUGAUUAAUGUAUAAAAUAUACAAAUCAAUUAAUUGUUCUUAUUUUUGAUGUAUUAAACAAUGUCUCAAAAUAAA